CGGCGGCGGCGGCCCGGACGUGUCGGCGGCGGCCGCGACAGCGACAGCGACAACAAACAAACCGCGAGCGGCGCGGCCGCGGCCACCGCGGGCAGGAGGCGGCGGGGGCGGCCGGCAGCGGGCGGCCGCUGCCCCCGGCCCCUGCGAGCGCCGCCCCGCCCCGCCCCGCCGCGCGGAGGGGAGGGGGCGGAGGCCCGGGCCUUCCCCCGCCGCCGCCCCUCACGGCGGCCUCGGGCCGCGCCCGGACCGCGGCCCAGGUUUUACCAAGAGACAGUACAUCUAACACUUAACUUGGAUCAUCUCUUGCUCAUCAGCUUGAAAAUCAUAACAGCCCCCCAAACUGACAUUUGAUCUGAAAGAAAAAGCUGUGACAAAUGGACAAUAUGUCUAUUACUAACACACCAACAAGUAAUGAUGCUUGUCUGAGCAUUGUUCACAGCUUGAUGUGCCAUCGACAAGGGGGAGAGAGCGAAACUUUCGCAAAACGCGCAAUUGAAAGUUUAGUUAAAAAGCUAAAGGAGAAAAAAGAUGAAUUGGAUUCUUUGAUUACAGCUAUAACCACAAACGGAGCUCAUCCUAGCAAGUGUGUUACAAUACAGAGAACACUGGAUGGGAGGCUUCAGGUGGCUGGCCGCAAGGGAUUCCCUCAUGUGAUUUACGCCCGUCUUUGGAGGUGGCCUGAUCUUCAUAAAAAUGAACUCAAGCAUGUUAAAUAUUGUCAGUAUGCUUUUGACUUGAAAUGUGACAGUGUCUGUGUAAAUCCUUACCAUUAUGAGCGUGUAGUAUCGCCUGGCAUCGAUCUCUCGGGACUGACACUACAGAGCUCGGCCCCCUCCAGCAUGCUGGUGAAGGACGAGUACGUGCACGACUACGAGGGGCAGCCGUCGCUGUCGUCGGCCGAGGGCCACUCGGUGCAGACCAUCCAGCACCCGCCCAGCAACCGCGCGUCCUCGGAGCCCUACAGCGCCCCGGCCAUGCUGGCGCCCGCCGAGGCCAGCACCACCAGCACCACCAACUUCCCCAACAUUCCCGUGGCCUCCACAAGUCAACCUCCCAGUAUAUUGACAGGUAGCCAUAGUGAUGGACUCUUACAGAUUGCUUCAGGGCCCCAGCCAGGAACUCAGCAGAAUGGGUUCACAGCUCAGCCAGCCACUUACCACCACAACAGUACCACCAGCUGGACGGGGAGCCGGACGGCCGCCUACACGCCCACCAUCCCGCACCACCAGAACGGCCACCUGCAGCACCACCCGCCCAUGCACCCCGGACACUACUGGCCAGUUCACAAUGAACUCGCAUUCCAGCCUCCGAUAUCAAAUCAUCCUGCUCCAGAGUACUGGUGCUCCAUCGCCUACUUUGAGAUGGACGUGCAGGUCGGGGAGACGUUUAAGGUCCCUUCCAGCUGCCCCAUUGUCACCGUGGAUGGGUACGUGGAUCCCUCUGGAGGAGACCGGUUCUGCCUGGGCCAGCUGUCCAACGUGCACAGAACAGAAGCCAUCGAGAGAGCGAGGUUGCACAUAGGCAAGGGCGUGCAGCUGGAGUGCAAGGGCGAGGGCGACGUGUGGGUGCGCUGCCUGAGCGACCACGCCGUGUUCGUGCAGAGCUACUACCUGGACAGGGAGGCGGGCCGCGCCCCGGGGGACGCCGUGCACAAGAUCUACCCCAGUGCAUACAUCAAGGUGUUCGACCUGCGCCAGUGCCACCGCCAGAUGCAGCAGCAGGCGGCCACCGCGCAGGCCGCCGCCGCCGCGCAGGCCGCCGCCGUGGCCGGCAACAUCCCGGGGCCGGGCUCCGUGGGGGGCAUCGCGCCGGCCAUCAGUCUGUCGGCCGCGGCCGGCAUCGGCGUGGACGACCUGCGGCGCCUGUGCAUCCUGAGGAUGAGCUUCGUCAAGGGCUGGGGGCCCGACUACCCGCGGCAGAGCAUCAAGGAGACGCCGUGCUGGAUCGAGAUCCACCUGCACCGCGCGCUGCAGCUGCUGGACGAGGUGCUGCACACCAUGCCCAUCGCCGACCCGCAGCCCCUGGACUGACCCUGCCGCUGCCCGGGGCCCCGCUGUCCGCAGGAGGCUGCCUUGUAAAAUACGGUUCUGUUUAUAACCUGGAGAUAUAUUUUACUUUCCUUCUGCUUAACCUCCUAAAAACAGGUUUUAAAAAUGUGUUUGCCGCCUUGCUCUUAGCAGAAAGAAUCUGAACGUGCAGGAUUUGGAUUUCAGUUGUUGCAGAACUCAGUAGUCAUAACACAGGGCCGAAAGUGGAAGGUAAACGCUUUAUAGAGACUUCACAGUAUUGGGUUUGUUCCCUUUGAAACUCUCCUUCCCUAUUAUGGCAUCUUGGUGAUCAGCCUCACGGGAGCCUUUUGUAUGCAGAAUAUAUAUUAUAUAUAUAUUUAUAUCUGAGAAUUCCUUCUAGUAGUUAAAAACAUUUACCUUGUAGCGACUUUAAAAUUCCAACUGAUUUGUGAUAUUCUGUUUAGGGAACAGUAGUUAACGGAAGACUUCUUUAUUUUGUUGAUGAUCAUGUUACGAUUUUUCCAGGUUAAAGCCUAGCAGCUGCCAAAAAUGUGAGGGGAUGACACAUAUGUUGUUGGCAUUGAUUAAAAACUUCAUUAGUCAUUAAAAAAAAGACAUCCUAGAGUUUUAUUUAUGUAGCCACGUGAGUUUUAAAACACUAAAGGAAACGGAUACUUUCAGUGCUGGCACUCGAUUUAAGGGUGAAAUACCCAGCCUGCACCAUUGCCACUGAAACUGAAUGAGUGCCUAAGGGCAGGAACGUAUUUUCAUAAUUACUACUGACUUCUAUGAUUUUACUCAAAAAAAACCCUUAGCAUGUAUUGCGGAUAAAUUUGCAUGACUCUUUUUACUUGCGUAUAUCAUGAAAGUAUGUAUGGUAAUCCAUCUGUAUUUAGGACUGGGUUUUUGUACCUGUUCACCAUUUCCACUCAGGGCAAGAUGGCAAACCUGUUUUUAUACCUCCUGGUUACUUUAGCCCUCUGCCAUCGGUGACCACAUCAACGGGCAAUGGCUUUGUACAGAGCUCACAGCAGCAGGGCAGGCACAGCUCUGCCUGUGGGACACAUGCCCUGUCUGCUCUCCCCAGCUGCUGAUGCUGAACACAGACUGGCACAGCUGGGCAGUAAAGGAUUUCAAUAAAUACCUGUUUAUUGAGUAGGUAUUGGGCAGGACAGCAGCCUGGCCAGGGCUACACCCAAGGUGGACCCAAAAUGGUCUCAAAAUGGACAAAGGUCCAUGAGGUCUCACACUUUGAUAAGUUUUGGUCCAUUUGCAUAUUGGGGUUAAUUGUCCAAUUAGAGCUCCAGGUGAUGCAGUCCCAUCCUUCUUCUUUUCUCCCCUCAGCCACCGUUUUUUUGUUUUGGUUUUUUGUUUUGUUUUUUUUUUUGCUUUUGGGCCUGAACACUUGUACCCAUCCUCCUUGGUGUGCAGCAGGAAAGGAUUUGUUUUUGUGUCCCUGCCCUGUGCAGAGCUGAGUGAGCCUGAGUGUGAGCUCAGAGCUGCACCCUGGACAGCGCAGGGGCUGGGAUACAGGGCAGAGAAAACUGAAGGCAUCACUACUAGCACCAAUAAAAAGAUGGAAACGCCUAUUUAUAAAAAUUCAGUUUGCUUCUGAUGUGUAACUGCACCUUGAGACCAUGGGUUCCUUCCCUCAGAGAGGGCAGCAGCAGCCAGCCAUGGUGGGGAUUGCUGUUGGGUGAAACUCGCCAGGGAACACGUGCAGCUUCUCCUGGGUGAACGCCUGUCCUGGGGAUACCUGUUCUUGGCAAACGGGGAGCGGGGAGGGCGCGGGAGUUCCUCCUCCCGUGGCGCGUGUGCCGGAGCUGCAGCUCAGCUCACGGCUCCGUGCAGCACGGCUGCAGUGCUCAGCUGCACAGAAAAUCCUGAAAUCCUGCUGAGGGCCUCCAGGGCUCCCUGCCCCUGCCUUACAGCAGCCCAGAGGGCUGUGGCACUGCCUGGGCUGUUCGUGCACGCUGCAAUUCCUGCAGCAGCCGGGAGCACUGCUCUGUGCUGGGGGUGCAGGAGACAGGGGUGACUCCAGAGCCACGGCCAGAAAUUGAUCCAUUUCCCCCUGUUUUCAUUAAUUUUGUUAUUUUCCCUGUUGCCUCCCUCAGGCUAGCUUUUAAUGAGACCACCUUUUGUUCCCUCUCAGCCCCUCUACUUUGGGAAGAGCAGUGUUUGCUCUUCUGCCAGGUUUUGGCUCCAAAGCUGUUCGGCUUUUGUGGCUGCCUCGCAGGAAACCCACACCCCUCGCUGGUGUUUCGGUUGUGCCAAACUUGGGCAAAAUAGGGGAAGGUUGGUUCAGCCUGCUGCUGUUCCUGCUUGUGUUACAAUCUGGAAGAAUUCAGUUGUGAAGGAAGAUUUUUUUGCAGAUGCUUUGCAGGUCUCCACCUGCAGUGGAGCACAUGGAUGGGCUGAAAUGUUCAGAACAGAAGAAAAUAAUAUCUGAUGAUUUUAUUACAGGAAAUCACUGUAUGUACAUCAGGAGAAGUCAGAGGCAGUAAAAGCUGAAAAGGCAUUCAUCUUUUCCACCAAGCAGUUCCCAAAAGGAUGCACUUGCAGCUGUUAAAGAAAAAUGAGACAAUCUUAUUCUUAGUUUUUAAUACACUGUUAAAUUAACUUUUGUACUUUUAUGACAAGGCAUAAAAGGCAGCACAUAAUGGGCUGGAACCCGCUCAGCAGCAGACACUGAGUUCUUGACAGGCUUGCAUUUAUGUCUGAGAGCUGAGAAAGAGCUGCAGCUCCUUGACAGCUGUGAUGAUCCCCGUGUGCGCUGCAGGCAGGGAUGUCAAGGCUGCCGGAAUCGUCUCCUCAGCCCUGAUUCACUCACGUUCAGGUAACCCAACAAGGGUUUAUUCAGCUUGCACCCUGCUCGCCCUGCUGCUCCUGUCCCUGCUCUUGCCCUGGGGGUCUCACCCUCAGAGCCCCUUCGUGCUGGAGCUCUCUGUGCUUUCCCUCCAUGCACUGGCGAGCUGGGAUCAGCACGGGAAGGUGAAAUGGCUUCAUCCAGUUGGUGUGCAGAGGGAGGGCAUUCACGGUGAACUCAUCCCAGGUGCAGGAGAGGAAACCUUCCACUGGAAUGGUUGGGAAGUGCUGGAUUCCAGCAGGAAUCCCCUGGAAAGAGGCAUAACCAUCCUUCCACCCUUUCUGUGGCCCUGGUGCUGGGGCCCUGUAGAGCUCGGGUACACACUGCAGUGACAGCUCUGGCGCUGCGGGGCACUUGGCGAGUUCCUGGCUGCUCUGUGGUGUCCCUGGUCAGCAGGCGGGGCAGCAGCAGCAGCCUGGAGCCCGGGCUCACCCUGUGACCCCCUGCCUCCCACAGCUCGGGAAGGGCCUCCCCCUGCUGCCCACGAUCCACGGGGCUUCUGUCGCACGCCAGCACCCAGGGGUGGCUCCUGCUGCCACACCUGCCCUGCUCACUCCCUGGGAGAGGGCUUUGGUCUCUCCCAGAGAAUCGGCGCCUCAGGAAGGGCUGCCUCACUGUGUCCCUGCUGGGACGCUGCCCGCCGCUCUGUAACGAGCCAGUCGGGCACAGCACGGGGCCCUGCCCUGAGGGGCUCAGAUUGGUGCCAGCAAUCCUCGCCGCUGCCUCCUGCCCCGCUCAGGCCCACGCCACGAGCCCCUGCUCUGUGCAGUCACUCGCUGUUCGCUGCUCGGGUGCUGUUAGGGCAGGGCUCUGAGGGGCCGCUGCCGGCGCCAGCGGAGCUCCCCCGGCUCAGCAGCGCUGCAGCUCCGGGGCCUGCCCAGGGGAGUGAACUGCCGGGCAGCCCUGCUCCACCACCGGGCAGGAGCUGCGUGCUGGACAUCUCCUCCCACUGUGCCACCCGCCCCCGGACCCCUCCCGUCGAUCGUGGCUUUGUGAACAUCGUCCCACGGGUGUGACCCGGGGCUGCUGCCCGUGGGGCUGCGGUGGCCCCCGAGGACGCCUUUGCUGUCACAGUGUCACCUGGUGAGAGCAGAGCCCGAGGGCUGGGGCUGUGUUGGCUGUUGCCGUACCUUGGGAGUGAUGCGUCACUCCCAAAUGUGCAGGACUUGUGCACCAACACCAGCUAGUGCUUUCUUGCUCCAGUAAAUUUUCCUGUCUUCUUGGUGAGGUUUGGAAGCACCCCAAAGUUGUGAUUCAGCCGGAUUGAGAGCUGUGAAGUCCCCAUAACCCAAAACUCACCCUGAGAGGGUUUUUCAGGCGGGGAAACCUAGUUAAGCAUUUAUUUUCUUCAGCCAUUGCCUUUUGAUAAGCGGUCAACAGAAUUCCCAGUAGUUCCUUUGUAGCUUCCUGUACGUUUUUCAUUAGACCUAGUUUGUGGAUAAUAUACUGUAGCUAACUUUCCUGAAAUUCUGUAACAAAGUAUGUUUUUGAUUAAAAAAGGUAAAGAUUCAA